AGAUCCAAAAACAAAUAAUUUUAUAAUGGUGAUGGAAUUAAAAAAUGGUAGCUUAAGACAAUAUUUAAAUAACAACUUUAUUUUACUGGAUUGGAAUCAAAAGUUAUGGAGUUUAUAUUGUAUUGCAGUUGGUCUUAAAGAUAUUCAUAAUAAAGGAUUAAUUCAUCAAGAUUUUCAUUGUGGGAAUAUAUUAAGCGAUUUUAAUCGAAAUUCUUUUGUUACUGAUUUGGGAUUAUGCCAACCAGCAAAUGUAAAGACUUUUCAAGAUAAUAAUAAAAAAAUAUAUGGGGUAUUACCUUAUGUAGCUCCAGAAGUUUUAAGAGGAAAAGAAUAUACUCAAAAAAGUGAUAUUUAUGGAUUUGGAAUCAUUGCAUAUGAAAUUUGUACAGGUUUCCCUCCUUAUUAUGAUAUAGCUCAUGAUGAAUUCUUGGCAAUGAAAAUUUGUAAGGGAUUGAGGCCAAAGUCUAAUUAUAAAAUUCCUCAAUUUAUUUUUGACAUUAUUAAUCAAUGUUGGGAUGCAGACCCUUUAAAACGACCUAAUGCAAAUGAAUUACGAGAGUUAAUAUAUGAUUUGCAUAUGGAUAUUGGGAACAAUAAAGUGAACUCUGUAAUUUAUGGGCAAGUUAAAGAAGCAGAUGAAGUUAAUAAAAAGUUAUCUUUUUCAUCACCUUUAAUAUCUAUUAGUACUAUUACAAAUAUGACACAUCCUCAAGCAGUUUACACAAGUAGACUUUUAGAUUUUAAAAAUCUUCCAGAACCAAAAAAUGCUAAUAAUAAUGAUGAUUUACAUGGAAUAGAAUAUUCAGAUUCCUUAAAAAUGGAUUUUACUAAACUUAAUAUUAAUUCUAAAGAUGAAAAUAAUUAAGCUCAGAUUACAUAAAAUUAAACAGUACAGUCUUCUAGAUUGGAGUCACAAAAGUCCAUAAUUGCCCUGGGAGACGCUAGAGUUGUUGAGUAUCUCUCCAUUCAAACCAAUAAAAUCGCACCAUAAUAACCAUACAAUACAAGGACAAUUUAACAAAUUUAAAUUGAUUUAUGACGGCAUAAGAGUCCGAUCCAGAUUCCAACCAGAAUUUCUUAUUAACUAUGAUAAUAAUUAUGGUAACCUUUAAAAAAAAAAUCGUUUGUUAAAAAAGGAACCUUCACAUUUAUUUAGUAUUAAAAAAAAUUUAAGAA